UUAAAAUGUUGUCAUGAGCUUGCUUGGGUGUGAUUUUUGCCUGAACCUGCGUCCAAUACUACCUAUGUUGUGGUAGGUAGUCAAUAAUUAUUAUUAUUCAUCUAUACCGAGUCUUCUCAAUCCUUUUUCUCCCUCUCUUUCCUCAUCUCGUUUAGCAAAUCGAUAAUAAUAUCCUCCUUCCUUGCCUGUUGCUCACCCUGUCGGGGAAUUACAACGAUCUCCCUACAGCCAAACUGUCACCAUUCUUUAUGGUCAACACCGAUUUUCCCCAUUCAACCAAUACUGACAGAUUUGUGCUGAACCUCACCACACUUGUCAACGACCUCCAGCUUGCAAAGCGACAACUACUACCUAUAAAAGUCUUCACACUUCUGCAGGUUUUUAACAGUAUCAGCUUAUACACGAUCUAGUCGACAGCUAUUGUUGGAAAUGGUUGGACAGCAGUUUAUUCUAAUCGUUGCUGUUGCAUUAAUCUGCACAGCAAUGGCGGCUCCCGAGCCGGUUCCGGUAGCCCUGCCUCACCAUGGAGAUGGCGGCUACGGAGGCGGUUACGGGGGUCACGGAGGUCACUACCACGGAGGUCAUGGAGAUCACUACCAUCACGGAGGUCACUACCCUCAUGGUGGUCACGGAGGUCACUACCCUCAUGGUGGUCAUGGAGGUCACUACCAUGGAGGUCAUGGGGAUCAUUAUGGAGGUCACGGAGGUCAUCAUGGAGGACAUUACCAUGGAUGAUUUCCACGUCACACUUUGUAUAAGUCAUCUUCCAUUAUCAACAUUCCAUAACAUCAUUCCAAAAGUUCCACAAUUGUAUCAUACUUCACAUCAAUCAUAAUGUUAUAAACUACAUUAUGUUACCAUAAUAUAAUUAUUCAUUUUUUCAUGAAAUAUCCAAGAUACUGUGAUAGGGUUAUUAAAUUUUGUUCCUGUUUGAAUUUGAGUAGUAAAUUAUUUAUUAAUUUCCAAAUUAGUUUAAAUUCACUUUAAAUUUAUUGAAUCCGGCAAUUUUCGCUGAAGAUGAUGCCCACAUGAGUCCCAGAGGGACAUUUGUGCGUGGGGGUAAAUGGAAGGAUGACAAAAAUUAUUGAUAAAUUAAAUGAAUAAGAGUGGCUUCCCGGGCUGACAAAUAAAUUUUGAAUAGUAGCGGUCAUCGAAUUUCCAUCUAGCUGUUUACCCUACUAUUGUCAAUAUUUGCAGUAGCAGAAGUCUUUGGGGUGAUUUACAGCAUUCAAUUUGGAUUUUCGUUUAAUAAUUAUUAAUAUUUAAAUAAAUGCUACGGUACCACUAUUACUAUUACUAACUGAUACCGUAAAUAAAUAAUUACUAUUCAAUUACUCCAUAAAAUUACUAAUUAAUACAGCAUCGGUAGAGGGAGGAAUAAUGGUGCUGAAUUUCUUCAAUGAAUAGGAAGACUUGAUUUUGCUACAACUGCAACCAACAUUAUUAGACCAAAAGAGUGGCUUCAGUAGCCUAGAUGGAAUUCGUGUUUCAUCUAAAAUAAUUGAUAAUGGAGUGUACCGAUCGAAACUGGUUGUUUUGGAAUUUUUUCUUGUAGAAUCCAUUGAAUAUUUUGAUUUUAGUGUUGUUUGUGACAACAUUGAUUUCGUGAUAGUACAAUUAGAAUUUCUCAAAAGUUGUAGAACUUCCUAUUGGUAUCGUUGAAUCUCUUCAGAAAUACAUAUUAAAAUAUUGAUUG